GCGCCGACUUGUUCCCGCCUCGCUCCGUAGCACGGCACGCCGUACCAGAGUUCCGCGAGCACCUUCAUAUGGACCUCGGGUUCAGCUCCGACGAGGAGGACUCCGAGGAUAUUACCCCAGCGCCCUAUGCCCCCGUCCAGGAGGAGCGACCUGGAAACCGGACGGGAGGGCAAUGCUGAGAACCUUGAGGGUGAUCUUGAGAAGCAGAGUGACCACGCGAAAUUGGAGAAGUCAGGGACUGAACGACCCGAAUGCGAAGCGACAUGAUUGCACGUUGAAGUGUGGGACCAUAUCCUCAAGCAAUCUCAAGCAUCCGCAGUCAGUAUCAAUCGAUAUCACUCGUAUUUCUUGGAAGUUGGUGUUAGGGUCAUGAAUCAUCAUGAAUCACAUAUAUGAAUCAUAUAGUGUUUUCAAUUGAACUUUAGCAGGUGGCUUCCUGCUGCGGGCUCAAUUCGGCAGCCGCACCACACAAAAGUGGCCGUUUGUUCUUGCGAACCUCCUCCUUUCUGACCCCAUGUGCCCGAAAGGAAUGGCUGCCAUUGAUGAGGAAAUCAUGGAGUUUCGCUUGGCUGAGAGGUGCACUUUCCUUGAAUACGUCCCAGUCAAGGGCAUCUCAAGGUGUACAAGUGCCCCCGAGCUGAAAGACGCCGUUGGUGGAUGUCCCACAUUUGAGGAUGACUUGGAGAAAGUCCCACCAAGUGUGGUGCCUAGCGCUUCCUGCGGCGCUUCCUGUACAGAAAACGACUGGAGCGAUGGUGGCCGCAGCCUCGACUGGUUGAGCACCUGCAGCAGCAUGGGAGACUCAAUGAUCGAGUUCAGUGGAUCUGACGGAGCGGAUGAGACUCCCAAGUGGUCGAUUGGAUCCCAACGUCACGCAGAAGGCCUUUGCAAACCUUGUGCUUGGUUUUGGCGACCUGGGAGCUGUACCCGGGGACGUGAGUGCCAGCAUUGCCACCUUUGCCCCGCGGGAACCCUGCAGAAGCAGAAGCGCCACAAUCGCGAGCUGGCCAAGGCCAUGCGUCGCAAAGCACGUCAGCAGUCAGUGGCUGAGGCCGCGCCCGGGCGUGUGAGGACAGCAACGGAUCAGGCAGUGGGGUUGGUGGCGCUGGCGGUGCUGAUAUGAUGGAGUGAGCUCCGGAGCAGUGGGGCCACCAGACGUUUGAAGAUUGAAGAGUUGUGCCGGAUAUGACCUUGCCAUGUCAUACAAGGUCAUGACGAUUCAUUGUUCUAAAGGUGGUUCAAAAGAACUGAUGAAACCUUACUAUUUUCAAUCUUCCUCCAAACGGUGUUUUAAGCGCAUGCUGGAUCGUGCAGGCUUGGCGUGUUGCACAGGGGCAGCAGCAUGCUGAAUGUUGAAACAUGUCGAAACAAAGGUAGGAUGGC